AUGCCAGACCCGUCCAAAUCGGCUCCUGCGCCCAAGAAGGGUUCUAAAAAGGCUGUCACCAAGGCACAGAAGAAGGACGGCAAGAAGCGCAAGCGCGGCCGCAAGGAGAGCUAUUCUAUCUACGUGUACAAGGUGCUGAAGCAGGUGCACCCCGACACCGGCAUCUCGUCCAAGGCCAUGGGCAUCAUGAACUCCUUCGUCAAUGACAUCUUCGAGCGCAUCGCCAGCGAGGCCUCCCGCCUGGCGCACUACAACAAGCGCUCCACCAUCACGUCCCGCGAAGUGCAGACGGCCGUGCGCCUGCUGCUGCCCGGCGAGCUGGCCAAGCACGCCGUGUCCGAGGGCACCAAGGCUGUCACCAAGUACACCAGCUCCAAGUGAGGCGCGUCCCGGCGCCCCGAACCCAAAGGCUCUUUUCAGAGCCACCCACACGAUCGAGAAAGGGUUUCGAACACGGUGAAGGGUUAUGUAACCUAAUAUGUCUCCAUGCACCCUAGCGGUUGCCGGGUGCGGCCGAAUCUGAGCCGUGUGUGUGUGUGUGUGUGUGUGUGUGUGUGUGCGCGCGCGCGCCGGCAGAGAACGAGAAAAACUGCUCGUUACAGAAAUCGGGGUAGAAACAGUGCUCAGGUGAUGUAGCACAGUAAUGUUGGGAGGCGAUCAAGGACCCCCCUCUCCACCCCCUCCUUCCGCGCGGAGCUAUUAACUCGCGAUGAGAUUUCUUUUUUUUUCUUCUUUUUUUUUUUUAGAAGGAGUCUCGCUCUGUCGCUAGGCUGGAGUGCAGUGGCGCAAUCUCGGCUCACUGCAACCUCCGCCUCCUGGGUUCAGGCGAUUCUCGUGCCUCAGCCUUACGAGUAGCUGGGAUUACAGGCACGCGCCACCACGCCCGGCUAAUUUUGUGUAUUUUUAGUAGAGACGGGGUUUCACCAUGUUGGCCAGGAUAGUCUCGAUCUCCUGACCUGGUGAUCCAUCCGCCUCUGCCUCCUAAAGUGCUGGGAUUACAGGCGUGAACCACCGCACCCGGCCCCAGAUGUCUUUUAUAAGCAAGUGGUGCAUUCCUGGAUGUUGAGCGCUUGCUCCCGGUUCAGGACCGGGUCCAACUGAGCUUGGCGUGCGCCGUGCAGGUGAGGGGUGCGGGUCAUCUCCCCCAAAAAGACCCUGUGCCAACCUCCCCAACCCUACCCGCCCCCCAUGGGCGAGGCCAGACGUGGCGCAAGACCACGGGCUCUGAGGCUAUGGGUGUUGUCACUUUCCCCUGGCGGUGGUGCCUGGCUCUGCAUUUGCUUAAGACUUUUCCAUCCCUGCCUGGACCAGACAGACAUGUUUAGAUUUAAGCAAUGAACAUUCCGGGAGGAUAUUUUCCUGGCAGGAUACUGCGAUGGCAGGAUGUUUGAUACCGAAUCGAAACACGGCGUCAAAGCAGCGCCCUGCGCGGGGGAGCCGGAUGUAAUAAGCGACCCCAGCUGCCGGUAACUUUAACCCUUAUGGGAGUGGGGGUGGGGGAAGGGGUUAAUUUAGGAGGAAAAGAAUUCCCUUUUUCUGAGCAAAUGUAGCUGCCUCCCUCUUCAGCCACGUUAUUUUCUGCGAGGCCUUAGCAACACAGAAUUCCUUUCCUACCCCCUCCAAAUUCACGGCAUUUAUUUGGGGAGUGCCAUUUUGGCGCAGGAAAGCUCUUUGGCACGAAGAGUUUUCGCUCUGGAAAGGGCAUCGUUUACGUUUUCAUGACUUGGCUUUUCUUCUUUAGAAAAAGAAGAUUUCCAGUAAUUGCUUCCUCAAACCGUUGUGAAAAUUCGAAGUAUUGAGCCUUUGUGUCACCGUUUCCAGCAGGGAAUAAAAAUUCAAUAAAGUUAAGUGAGAAAUAAUUUUUUUUUUGAGACGGAGUCUUGCUCUGUCGCCCAGGCUGGAGUGCAAUGGCGCGAUCUCUGCCCACUGCAACCUCGACCUCCCGGGUUCAAGCGAUUCUCCUGCCUCAGCCUCCCGAGUAGCUGAGACUACAGGCGUGCGCCACCCACGCCCAGCUAAUUGUUUUUAAUUUUUAGUAGAGACGGGGUUUCACCAUGUUGGUCAGGAUGGUCUCGAUCUCUUGACCUCGUGAUCCACCCUCCUCGGCCUCCCAAAUUGCUGGGAUUACAGGCGUGAGCCACUUCUCCUGGUCGAGAAAUAAUUUUUUAAUAAAAUUCAAUGAAAAAUAUUUUUCCCCCAAGUCAUUUCUCCAAAGGGAACCGUCGCGUGCUGGGAUGGGGAAGGAAAGGUCACCGUGAACAUCCUCGACCAAAACGGCUUUGUCCCCUACUCCCCACGUUUUUUGCUGCGUGAUUCCUCUAAAAGAAUCUUUGAGAACCUCGCAUGUUUUAAAGCUAUGUAAAAUAUUUUUAUUUUCAAUUAAAAUAGUUGCAAGGAUACAAAUACCAACAUGGGACUUUUUAAAAAUCAAAAUUCUCACAUCAGUCUCAAGGUGCCUUUUGGAAUAUCAAUAUGAUAGUAUAAUCAAUUCAUAAAAUACUGCACACAUGCAGUGUUCAUAUUGUUACAAUGUUAGCACAGCAUGGGAUCAUUUCCAUAUGGUUACAAUGCUAGCAGUGCACGGGGUCAUUUCCAUUCUGUUUUGUUUUGAUAUAUGCUCCAAAAAAAAUUUACAAAAAAUACACAGGAAUGACAAUUUUGUCAUAGGCAUUUUAUUCAAUUCUUUGCAUCCCUAGUUAUAAUCCAAAUAUUAAACAGUUAUCCAUCAUCAAAAGUAAGUGGGACUUGUCAACACCCUUAGUACUUUCAAGAAAUAUAGGAUUUGUAUGAAAAGCUGUUGAAUCCAGUCCUCUCCACUAUGAAACAGGUGCCCAAUGACUGGAACAUCCAAGCCCUCAGCCUCCUAACAGCAUGGAUUGGAAGUCAAUACCUUAAACAUUUGCAGUUGUGAAACUACUCUCACAGACCCAUAUAGUUCUCCACCUUAAUGAACUUAAAACGUAGGUUUAAUAAAGUGAAACCAGUCUCCAGUAGAGAGAGUGAAUGAUUGUGUUAGCACAAGAUAACAACACUGGUUAGUGCCAGAGAUCAAAUCAAGGCACAAGAUGAACAUUUCAUGACAUUUUCCAAGUGUAAUUCUCUGAGAAGGCAUUUUGUGAUGGAUAAUGUCAAACGUCAGUCAAAUCAUGUCUCAGUCCUUCUGAUUCCCCUGGCACAAACUUAAAGUAAAAACAGGCUGUCUUUUCCUGCUGCAUUAGCACCCCCAGGCCCAGAAUGGAUGGGAUUUGUCCAUCUCUCCUAGGACAGGAAUCUGUUAAGGGAGAGGCAAAGAAGGUAAAACAGGAUACUUGCUACUAAGAUUUUAUAAUGGAGAAAAUUCAGAGCAAUCGUGUCCAGAACCCAUUUCUCUAAUUAUAGUGUUACAACAGAGAAAGACAAAUGUUAAUGAUAAAUGAAGGGAGUGCACAUCAAAUAUGUGAGAAUCCAUAGAGACUAAGGGAGUUAGUACUCACUCAACAAAAUGGAAGCAUUUUCUGGGUUGGAGAGACAUGCCAAGAUUCUUAAACUAAGCCAAAUUUUUAAACUAAGGUUCAUCUCACCUAUCUGAGAUGGGUGAGCAACAAUCACUUAAAUACAUGUCAGAUUGUAUGCCUACAAAAUCCCUCCAGACUGGCAUACAAUCUGACAUGUAUUUAAGAGAUUGCCCCUCACCCAUCUCAGAUGGAAAUUUCAAGUCAGAUUUGCUAAUUAUUACACAGUAAAUAAAAUAAUUUGGAAGGAAUCAUCUCCAAUUAAAGUGACUUUGAUUAAAAAAACGAAAAAUAACAAAUGUUGGUGAGAACGCAGGGAAAGGGGAUGCUUGUACCCUGCUGGUAAGAAUGUAAAUCAGUAUGCCACUAUAGAGGCAAAUAUGGGCAUUCUUUAAAAAACUAAAAACAGACUUACCAUAUGAUCCGGCAACCCCACUGCUGGGUAUAUACCCAAAAGAAAGGGAAUCAGUAUAUCAAAGAGAUGUCUGUGGUCUCAUGUUCAUUGCAGCACUAUUUAUAAUAGCCAAGGUAGAAAGUCAACCUUAGUGCCCAUCAGUAGAUAAAUGGAUAAAGAAAGUGUGGUACAUUUACACAUUCAAAUACUAUUUGGCCAUUAAAAAAAUGAAAUCCCGUCAUUAGCAGCAACAUGGAUGGUAAUGGAGGACAUUAUAUUAAGUAAAACAAAUCAGGUACAGAAAGACAAAUACUGCAUGAUCUAACUCAUACGUGGGAGCUAAAAACAUGCGUCUCAUCGAGGUAGAAAGUUGAUUGCUGGUUACCAGAAGCUGGGAAGAGUGGUGGGGAAAGGAAGAGAUGAAGUUGAUUAAUGGGUACAAAAAUACGCUUAGAAGAAAUGGUAACAUCUAGUGUUGGUUAGAAAAGUAGGGUGACUGUAGUUAACAAUAAUUAGUUGUAUUGCUGGAGGAGAGGAAUUGGAAUGAUCUCGACCUCAAGAGGGGGUGAAUAUGAUGAUGGAUGUCCCAGUUGCCCUGGUUUGAUUGUUAUGUCUAUGCGUAUAUCAAAAUAUCAUAUGUACCCCCCAAAUAUGUACAACUAUUAUGUACUACUAAUAAAAAAGCUUAUUGCUCUGAAAAA